CCUUGCGUUCAGCUUCUGGGUACGUCAUUAAUGCGACGUUUUGCAGCUAAACAAACCAAACAUAGUCUGAACAAUGGAGCUGGAGAAUCCAAAGGAAGAAUUUUCUGCAGCACAAGCUUCACCCACACCGUCCUCUCAGACCAAACGGCCAAGUCAGCCCCUGUACACCCCCAAACAACGUCUUCAGUCCUCCAAAGACAAAGCCCAACCACAAGGAGAUGGUAAACCAAAGUCCCGACCGAGAUACACCGACAAAGCCCGGAAGAAUGCAAGGAACAAGAAGAGCCAGGCUGGAGCAUCAGAGAACACCACCUCAUCUGGAGGAGAGGAUACAGCCAAUGCAAAUAAUGACAAAGAAAACACAGAGAGGCUACAGGGAACGGAAACCCAAAGCAAUGAUCAACGUGAGGGGACAAAUGUGAAAGGAGAUGUUUCGUCACGGCUGGAGGAAACCACAGCUCAGGGAGAAAAUGGAGAAGAGGAAAGUUGGGACACAAUGUUCAAUGAUGAUGGAGAGUGUCUGGAUCCACACCUGCUUGAAGAGCUUUCCAUAAAGGAUGAAAAAGUGAAAACGUCGAUCCAAGACUCCAGAUUUGAUUACUACAAUAUGAACCGAGAUUAUGAUGAUGACAUUGACCUCACAGAGGAUGAGAUGUCCCACAUUGUUGAGAUUUAUGACUUUCCCUCUGAAUUCAAGACAGAAGACCUGCUCAAAUUAUUUCACACCAACCAACAAAGAGGCUUGGAUAUUAAGUGGAUUGAUGAAACACAUGCUCUGGGCCUCUUCUCAAGCCCUUUAGCAGCUCGGGAAGCACUUAGAUCCAAACAUCCAUUGAUGAAAGUGCGUCCAUUGUCCAAAUCAUCCUCCGCCACAAAGGCCAAAGCUCGAAGUUGCUCAGACUACCUCCUACCUGCCAAGGAGAGACCACAGACAAGUGCAGCUCUAGCUCGAAAGCUUGUUAUUGGUGCUCUGGGAGUGAAGAGCAACUUGACAAAGGAACAGCGAGAGGCAGAAAGGAAGAAACUCCAAGAGGCCAGAGAGCAAAAACGUCUUGCAGCCAAACAAAGGGAGGACGCUUGGGAGGGAAAGUGACUGUAGAGAAAACUACCCCCUGUUUCUUCCAUAAACCCAAGGCUCCUCCUGCUUGGCUUUUCUCAACAAACCUUCAGUUCUUCCCAGAACAGUAUUCCCACACUUUUCUUCCCUUUUCUGUUGCUUUUGUUUGCUGAUUUUCCUCCAACCAUCCCAGAAAUCACUAAUCUGGCCCAUACUCUGAGAAACAAAGCUGGAGGUUGUUCUUCUAGUAAACACUGAAUAUCAUUCAGAACAAACUGUUGUAGUGAUUUUAAAUUUGCAUUUAAAUGUGUAUUUGUGUCAUACUUUUUAUUCAGGGAUUGAUAUUCUGACCUGCAGCAGGUCAGAUGUGUGUUUUAAGUUGUAAGUAUGUGGAAAAAUCUAUAUUAAAACACAGUGUUUACAACUGUUAACAACUUCAAUACAGAUUUGAUAUUUGCAUUACAGUCUUGAAAUUUGAAA